GACGACACCGCCCGGUUCCGGGGGUUCCCGCCCCGCCCGGGCCCCCCGGUGCCCUCGGCGGGGCGGCCCAGGUGCACCGGGCGGGGGGUCCCGGGGCGGGCGCGGGGGUCCCGAUCCGGCCCGUGCCGCUGCCGCCGCGGUGGCCCCGGGCGCGGAGCCGCCAGGAACUGCCCCGGGUUUUCCUGCCCGUCCCGUCCCGUCCCCGGCGGGGCGCGGGGCCGGGCGCGGCGGGGCGCAGCCCGGGGACCCCGGCCCGGUAUCGGUUCUGCUUUCGAGGGAGGCGGCGAUUUCGCAGUAACGGGGGGCGGGUGCCACCUGCCCCGGGGAUUCCCCACCUGCCGCCACCCCAUAAGAGCCCGGUGCCGGCGCCGGUGGCGGCACCGACCGGCCAUGGCCCCGCUCCACCGUCUCCACCUCUGCCUCUGCCUCCCGCUGCUGCUGCUGCUGCCGCCCGCGGCCCCGGCCCCGGUCACGACCCCGGUCCCGGGCCCCCGCACCGACUGGGCAGCCUGCAAGAACAUCUCCCGGGAGCUGUUGCAGCGGAUGGCGACCCUCAAGGAGCCGCACCAGGUCCUGGAGGAGACACACCUGAGUGAGGAGGACCCCAAGAACUGGCCCCCCCGGAUCCGCUGCAGCGACGCCUGCGACCCCUCCACGCUGGACACCAACAACACGCGCUGCCUGCGGCGGAUCCUCCAGGGGCUGCAGCACUACCGGGACCUGCUGGGCUCCGACAUCUUCACCACCCGCCCCCUGCCCUGGCUGGAGUCCGCACUGGACCAGCUGCUGGGCCUCGUCCAGCAGGAGCACGGCCGCCUCCCCAGGCACACCAUGGCCCCCAGUGAAGCCUGGGCCCACCCGCUGCUGCAGCGACUGGCGCUCCAGCGGCUCCAGUCCUUCGCUACCGUCAUCAGCCGCAUCUUCACCCACAGCGCCAGCCCCCGCUGAGACUGGCCCGGCCGCGGCCCCCCACCGACUAUUUAUUCCCCUCCGCCCCAAGGGGCUAUUUAUGUGUGAUGCUCCCUAUUUAUCUCGGGUAUUUAUAGAUUUCUAAUAAAGGUCUGAAGGAGA